UUUGAGCAAGCGACGUGAGUGAAAGAUUUUGGAACGUCGCCUCUGUGGGAAAUGUACCGGCUUUGGAAACGACCUGCGAAGUAGAUCCAAGAUAUAUUGGCGUAAAUGUCUCUGAGAGACUGCCUUUCCACUAACAUUACUGAUUAAUCUGUUACCCUACUGUGCCCUUUGCUAGUCGACAGAAGGAAGUUACAAAAGUCCCCUCUGCAUUAAGGAUGGAUUCUGAUGUGCUGCCAAGUGGAUGAAUGAUGCUCUGCACUUCCCACAGCUCUGGACUGACCUAGUACUUCAGAUACUGAGCCACCACUUCUGGAAAUUGUACUUGUCAUGAGCAGAUUCAUGUUGGCUAAAGGACUGAAGCGCAAACUUAGUGAUUACGAAGAGAACAUGGCUGGUCUUCCUGGUGCCUUUGAUUCUAAUCCAGGGCUGCCGUAUACCUUGCAGAGACAGCUAGUACUUAACAUGUGCCUCAUCAAAUUGCAGAGCUGUAGAAUGCUGGUGGAACCAAAUUUGCAUCGUUCUGUUCUCAUAGCAAAUACUGUACGACAAAUUCAGGAGGAAAUGAGACAAGAGGGUAGUCAUGAAAGCUCUAGCAGUUGCAAUGGACCAAAUCCAAUUCCAGACACAAACAUACCAUGUCAAGGAGGUAUUGAAUUAACUGGAUCAUCUGUACUCAAUACCUCUCCAGAUUUGAAUGGUUCUUCAGAUUUUUCAGAGAGCCAGUUAGAGAAUUCUUUAGUGUUGGUUUCAGAUAAUGACAUGUCAUCUGCCAUUUCAUCAAUCCUCAAAGACUUGGAUUUCAUGGAAGACAUCAGUCCGUCUCCUUGUCCAAUACCUGAAGAUGAGAGUGAUGCAUAUGUACAUUUGCCUUUUGAAGACCGUACUCAAGAAACUCGGCCUGUGGAAACUGUAUUUGGCUCUUUUGAAAUCAGCAAUUCAACGAGUUAUCUAACAGACCUUGCUUUUGAUGACAUAUUUGAAGACAUUGACACAUCCAUGUAUGACUCUGAUUUGUGUUUGCUUCCAUCAACGUCCGUUAGAUCGCCACCAGCUAUUGUGGAUGAUGUUCCAAAACCCUUUCAGUUAUGCAAUUCAACAUCAGUGAAUACCAUUCAGAUUUGUCGAGUAGACUUAAGUGAUCUGGACCACAUCAUGGAGAUUCUUGUAGGAUCUUAACUUAUAGGAAUGCUUCAGAAUUUUGGGUGCUUGUCUUCCUUAUUAUUUAAAAUGGCUUUAUCUGCAUCAAUAUUAAUGGAAAAAGCCACCAUUUUAGCAAACUACAAUUCAGUCUUUUCAUCUUAAAGUGUAAAUAGUACAAACUUCAAUUACUUUAACAUAAAAACCUUGUAAUCAAAAGACUACAGGGAACACCUAAGCAAUUAGCAUAUGGAACUUCAGAAGGUGAAAUGUAUGCUACUGUUGACAACUUCUGAUUUGCAAUCCAGAAAUGUGGCCAUAACUUAACCACUUGGGUUAUUUUUUAAAGGAAUAAGAUUGUUUUUAUGAAAUUAAUGUAUUUCCAUAAGACAGAAUAUUAAUUCAAUAAGUUUUAAAUGGGGACAAAUGUUUUGUUUCUGCCCACCUAUUGACAGUUUACUGUCUAUAUCCAAAGUGUGGGAGGAACUACUACUCUGAAAUCAUUUUGAUGAGCGUAUUUAUUCAACUGGAGCACAUAACUUGUUACUUCCCCGAAGGGUUUUUAAAUAGGGUAUUACUAUACCAACAAAGGCACCUUUAUCAAAAGGUUACAGGAAUGUUUUAUAUGACAUCUAAGCUAUUUAUUUUUUUAGAAUUUUAUACUCUAAAUAUCAGUGUUCGUGUGUCUUGUUUGGUCUUUAUUUCGAGUCUGACAUGCUUUGCUGUUGGAUUUGGUUUACACUACCUCUUCCAAGAUCUAACAAUAAAGCUUUGUUAAAGAUAAAUAUGCUGUACAUGAGCAGAUAGACCUUUUGGAUUUUUAAUUUUAAAAUGUUUGUGAGAAAAGCUUUUUUUUUAAUUUAUCCAGAGCAAUGCAACUACAUAAAUGAUCAUGUUGAAUAUUUGCUAAUCUUGUAUCUGCUUUUAAACUAAUGCCUUCUAAUGAUUUGUACCAUUGAUAUGAACAUAUUUAUGACUUGGACUCACUGCCAUGCUCCAAAUGGGAAGAAGAUGAUAGUUAAUGUAAAAUAAAGUUUGAAAUGUAUCAAGUUAUUCAUACCCUUAAGCAACUAAACAUUUCCAGAAAAUGUUACCACAUUUACAUUGCAUUGCUUAGUAAUAAUAUGUAUAAGUUGGAAGUAGUGGCCUUAUAAUUUAAUAUAUUGUGGAAAAAUCCAAACUUCUACAGAGUUGAGCACAAUCUAGGUUUACUGUUUGCUGUUCUAAUGGAGAGACAGCUUCAUUGGCAGUUUCUGUUUUUCGGGUAAGAUGUAAAUCUAGGCUAUGAACAGCAUGUAGCAUUUGGACAAAAUGUCAGUCUUAUUGUUAUCUUUUGUUAAGCAACAUAAACAAAUGGAUUGGAAUUGGUUUAUUCUUGCCACAUGGACUGAGGUACAGUGCAAAGCACAAAACUACUGAAUUAUGCAAAACAUAAUUUGUAUAUGACUGUGCGUGCAUUUCUCAAACUAAUUCAAUGAAAGUAGUGUUUUCCAUUGAAUACUAAAAUACCGUUGUUUUUCACUUUGUCUGUUCUUCACCUUAUCUGCCCUUUUCAGUCAACUUGAUCCUCUCCAAAGGCUGACAGGACAGUUAUGCUAGUAUUCUGACUGCCAUAUCUUUAGACCCAAAUUAUUUUUUAAAAACUUGCUCAUCUCUUGCUCAGCAUAAAUCAGCUGUGCUAUGUCUCUUUUGUACGAUUACUAAUGCAAAACUACCCUACAUUUUAAAAUAUAUGCUUCAAGUUUGUGAGAAAGGCACUCUAUAAAUUCAAGUUUCUUAGUUGCUGAGAAAUUGGGGACUUCUUUCUCAAGGAGAGUAUUUGACAUGUGAUUCUAUUAUUCUUUCAAUACAGUACUAUAAUUUUGCAAUUUUGUUAGUAUGUCCUAUCUCAUGCAUUCUGGAUAACCUUCUCUUGCACUGUUAAUGGAAUGAGAGCAAUAGUGAAUUUAGGCAAGAUGGGAAGUGCUAUGUUUCAAUGCCACAGGUGCUUUCUAAAGUUCUAUAUGAAAUGAGUGGCAUAUUGCUGAUAACAUUUGAGUUGCAUUAUGUUAUGUGAUAAGUGGCUGAUAAGCAGUUUGAUGUUUAGAUAAUCAGAAAUGUCAUUUGUGCAAGAACAUUUAGUGGAAGGCAAUUGUGAUCUUGCACUGGCAUGUCAGACUAGGUUGUAAGUCAACCCUUCCUGCAUGAGGUUUAGAUGAUCACCUGCAAUUGGAAUUGUUAAACAUUUUAUUUCAAUCUUCUCCUAAAAACUAUUUAGUGUAGCCUGUUUUUUUUGUUAAUUUUCCUACAGAAAAUUGCUAGUCCAUUAAAUUGUACAUUUGGCUGUUAAGUACCUGUCUCAAUUUUUCAUUUCAUUUAGAUGCAGAUUUGUUCCUUUCGGUAUUAAGGACAUGUGAUCUUGUACAGUGUAUAUAUACAGUUCCUUAAUGUAAUUUACAAAGUUUGUAAUUUAAUCGAGAAAGACUUUUUUUGCUCCCCCCCCCCCGCCCCCUUCCUAUCCCCAGUUCCACUUUGUUACAAUUGAUCUUUAUGGGGCUGGACUAGAAAUUUAGAACUUGAGUUUGUGAAAGUUGUGAAAUUGUGCACAAAUCCCUUAUUAAUAUGUAGGCCAAAACUUCAGUGGCCUAUUCAUGCCAAGUGCAUUAUGAAAUCUCCACUUCUAGAAUAUUUGGGUGUGCAAUAAAUUGUUUAAUUUCUUGUAUAAUGUUAAACGAAAUGUGGUUCCUAUAUGGUUCAUUUGGUUUCAAGUUUCUAGACAUGUAUAUUUUAGUAAUGCACUUUGAUACUAAGUGUAUGUUAGGUUGCAUUGUAUUUGAUUUUUGGAAUUAUUCUAUUUUCAUUAGUUACCCAUUCUAUAGUUGGUUUCAACACUUAAUCCCAAAUAUUUAAAUUUAAGACCUGUGAAAAAUAUUAGUUUGUUUUAGAUUGUGAAACCAUUAAGAUCUACUUUUAGUGAGUUUAGGGAACAGUCACUUUUUGGUCCCUUACUAACUUAGAUUUUGAUCAAUGUUUUACUGCACAGCAGCAUUUAAAUAAUUUUUUUCCCAGAAGUAAAGUUUUAACAAAUUAAACUUUUGGAAAAAGGAAACUGAUGAAUGCUCAGCUAUCUAACCUGUGACAGUUAUAAUCCAUUAAUGAAUUUUCUAUUGAAAGGAAGUCUGUAGGAGUUAUGACAAUACAUCCUCAGGAAGUGACAACUUUCAGUUUCCUGAGGUACUUGAAACAACCUCCACAACUGACCUUGUAUGGUACUAUCUCCCUCUGAUUUUGUGCAUGUUCAACAGAAAGUUCCAGAUUAGUUCAAACCAUUGUUUUGGUGAAAUAUUAUCAGUAAUGGUUUGAUUAAAUUAACAGCAUCUGUCAAGUUAUCUAUGAAGGAGACAAAUUUGCUAUUUAUAUUUUCACUAUUAAAGAUACUAUAUUUCAUAACAAAUCUUGAAAUUAAAAGGACAAGGCCAAUUCUAUAACUAAUGCAACUUGAAUUUCAGUUGGUAUUAUUUUAGUUGGUUAAUACUCAUUUCAGCACUGAGAUUAACCAUGGUAUAAUAGAAUUUAUUUUCUCAAACAUGCAUAGUAUACUUAGUAUUCUAUUUCUAUUUUUAAAAUAAGUAAUUUUGAAUGAUUUAGAAAUUUCAAAGUGAUGUCUCUAUUUACUACUAUUGCAGUAUGUUUGUAACAAGUGGGUUAUAUUUAAACAUUUACAUUUUCUUUCCAUGUUGAAAAUAAAGUUCCG